CCAAAUCUUUGUUUUGGUCAUACCUGUUAUCGACAAGCGGAGCUACGGGUUAGCAACGAGAGCUGAUGUUUGCUACGAAUAUAUAAACACAGCUAGCUAGCUAAAUCGCCACGCAUUACUCACUUAUAAGGAUAAUUGAUCGGCACAUCAACAAAUAAGUAAAGUAUGGAUUCCGUCAACGCUUUCAACUUGGAGUUAUUCGCCAUGAUUGACAUGAAGCCUCCAAUAUCACGAGCAAAGAUGAUGUCAGUCACUAAAUCAGCAAUAAAGGCUAUCAAGCUAUACAAGCAUGUCGUCCAGAUUGUGGAGAAGUUCAUCAAGAAGUGCAAGCCAGAGCUGAAGGUUCCUGGCCUAUACGUGGUGGAUUCUAUAGUCCGACAGUCACGACACCAGUUUGGAGUGGACAAGGACGUCUAUGGACCAAGGUUCCAGAAGAACUUCACCCCGACAUUCCAGAACCUCUACCUCUGUCCACACGAUGACAAGAGUAAGAUUAUCCGUGUUCUCAACCUGUGGCAGAAGAAUGCUGUGUUUGAGAUGGACGUUGUCCAGCCCCUGUUGGACAUGGCUGCUGGCUCUUUCGUCCUUGCUCCCUCCCCCCAGGAUGACCUCCAGGCCCAGCCCCCAGUCUCCAGUGCCUCUAUUGCAGCAGCCCAGCACCAGGCCCAGCCCACCGUCUCCAUAGCAGCAGCCCAGCACCAGGCCCAGCCCACCGUCUCCAUAGCAGCAGCCCAGCCCCCAGUCUCCAGUGCCUUCGUUGCAGCAGCCCAGGCCCAGCCCACAGUCUCCAGUGCCUCUAUUGCAGCAGUCCAGCCCCCUGUCUCCAUAGCAGCAGCACUGCCCCAGCUCCCUGUCUCCAUAGCAGCAGCAGCCCAGCCCCCUGUCUCCAUAGCAGCAGCCCUGCCCCAGCUCCCACCACAGCUUCGGAACCCUGAGGCUCUGGCGGCUGUGGCCCAGCUCUUCCAGUCCGGACAGGGACACGAGCUUCAGAAGAUGCUUCUGAGGUUCCAGCCAGGGCAGCAGACCACCACUCUGGUUCCCAACACCGUGGUGGACGAGACUCAAACUCCGGUUCCCAACACCAUGUCUGACCAGACCCACUCGCAGAGGGUCCAAGGCCAGCAUAACACACACCGUCCACUGUUCAACACACACCACACACAUCCUGCAGAGCAGAAUAACUCACUAGCUAAGAAACUCCUGGAUCGUUUUGAUUACGACGACGAACCAGAAGAAGUGAAGAAAGAGGAAUCUGAUUCCCUUGUUCCGGGAAACGUUUACGGUGGGCAGUUUCCUGGUCAAACGCCGCCCAACAUGGAGCAGCAAUUUCAGGGUCAUAUGAUGGGCCAGCCUGGGAGGCAGCAGACACCUGGUGGAGGAUACCCUGGUCUGAACAAGGGCUACAACCCAAGCCAGCACACUGCCCAGCAGAACCAGGACCAGGGAAACCCCAGAGAGAGAGAAGAUCCGUCUGGGAGGAGGGAUGGGAGGGAGGGGAGGCAGCGCGGCCACGGCAGGAGGUCACGCUCCAGGUCUGGCUCUCGAUCUCCCAGGAGAAAGAGAUCCAGAUCCAACUCUCGCUCCCGCAAGCCCCGACAUUCCUCCCAGCGAUCCGGGUCCCGCUCCAGGGAGAGUCGCUGGAACUCGCCUCGUUCCCGCUCGCAGGAGAGAAAGGAGAGAGAGAAGGACAAAGACCGUAGACAGAAAGGUCUGCCCAGCAUCAAGAGCCAGACACUCAGUGUUUGCACCACGACUCUGUGGGUGGGCCAGCUGGACAAGAAGACUUCUCGGCAGGACGUCAUGUGUUUACUAGAGGAGUUUGGGCAGAUUGACUCCAUUAAUAUGAUCCCUCCUCGUGGAUGUGCCUACAUAGUGAUGGUUCACAGGCAGGAUGCCUACAGAGCUCUACACAAACUCGGAAGAGGAUCCUUCAAGGUCAACCAGAAGGCUAUCAAGAUUGCGUGGGCCUUGAACAAGGGUAUAAAGGCGCCCCAUAAGAAGUUCUGGGAUGUGGAGCGAGGCGUCACCUACAUCCCCUGGAACAAGGUGAAGAUGGAGGAGCUGGAGGGCUACAGGGAGGGAGGCAUGCUGGACGCAGACACACUCUGUCCAGAGUGGGGAGAUGACGUGAAGGAGCUGACUAAACCAGGAGGACUGAACAACGGAGGAGGAGCGGAUGCCAUGGAAACCGAGGGAGCUGCCACCGCCCACGUACAGGUGCCUCCAGUCCAGCCAAUGGAGUCAAUGGGUGGUCCCUCUGGAUUCCCUGGCCCUCCCCCCUCCCUCACCCCCGGUGGACCCCCUCUCUUCCUGCCCGCGAGCUUCAACCCCACACAGUCUCCAGGUUUCCCUCAUCCAGUAGUGGGUGGACCAGGGAGCACCAAAGAUGACUCUGGAUCUAAAGACAAGUCUGGAGGGAGUGUUGACCCCUCAGACACUCUAGACAUCCAGCUGGGAGCUCCAGGCCCAGGCGGACCAGGGGCCUUGAUGAGUCCUCCAGGCCCAGCAGUGUUACUGGGUCCCAGGCCGGCCAUGCUGCCCAUGCAGCCUCGUCCGGGACUACCACCCCCUCACCUCCAGCCCCACUUCCCCCCUCACCUCCCUCCCCCCAACAUGCCCCCUAUGAUGAUGGGCCCCAGGGGCCCCAACCCUAUGUUUCCCCCCAGGGGGCCCUCCAGGUGGGUUCAGGAUGCCCAUGGGCCACCAGUCCAUGGAGGACUUUCCUCACGGACCCCCCAGACAUCCCUUCCAGCCUGGACCCCCCAGACAUCCCUUCCAGCCCGGACCCCCCGGGGAAGAAGAAGGCAACUGGGAGGGCGGGAGACACUUCAGGGGCGAGAGGCCAGGGUUUGGGGGACGUGACAGGGACGGGGGGAGGUUUGGGGAGCGGGGGAGAGGGUUUCCUAGAGGAGGAGGAGGGAGAAAUGGUUGGCCCAUAGAUGGGCCUGAGGGGAGGGACCGCUUCAUGAACCGACGGGAUAGAUUUGAAUGGUGAUGAGGCAGGGCCAGGAGGGUUCAUCCGUAGAGACUGGGGGGGUAGUCAUCCAGGGUCCUGUUCAGUAGGGAGAAAACGUUUUGGAACAGAGUGAAACGGGAAUGAACUACCUGAACUUGUCCAGUAAAAACCCAGAGUUUUUGUUUCGUUUUGCUGAACAUAACCCAGACCAGGAGAACGACUUGGAGACUGGGCACACGGAGUCAGACGCAGACAUUGUGAUGUACAGCCUGUCCCUGACGAGUAUCACCACCGUUCCAAAGACAUUAAGACUAACACAGAGAAAUUCUGGGACAGUUUCCCAAAUCAUAGAAUAAGCCCCUUCCAUUUAAUAAAAAGCAUGUUUCAAUGGAGGAUCUCUGUUAGAAUGACUUCUUAGUUCAGGACUAGAUUUCAUCUGUGUCUGGGAAACCUACCCUAUCAGAAUAUCACAGUUUAAACCAGUGGAAGUCUAAUUUUGAAGUCUGUUCAUGUGAAGAAUGUUUGUCCUGCCUUUUUGAGCUGGUAUGUUCUGACAGAAAACCACAUAGAGAAGAAUACUGAUUUGUAUAUAUUGUAUUUGUGCUGAUGGCCAAUAUUCAGUUUUUUUGUGUAUAUUUUGAGUGAAUGUUUUUGUUUCUUCUCCAGUAAGUCUGUCAUUAGGGCAGUGAGGAGAAACAGACAGUUGACCUGAAAACACCAGUAUCCUUGUGUUGAGGGGGGUUCAAAACAUGAAAAUCUUUUGCUUCAGAAUUUAUCAUUAUAGCAGUUCGUUUUUAGUAAACUAUUUUUGUACAAAUUUAA